AUGCCAACCAGUGCUCCCAGUACGAGAAUAAUGCCGGCAGCCGGCAGACUUGGGAAAAAACCCAAACAGAAGCCUUCUCCUACAGAAAACAUCCCACACUAUGAGCCCAACAUCCCUGAGCCCACAAGCAGAGCUGAUCUUCUAAAACACUGGAUCAACCUUUCCCUGGAUGACAAGACAGCCAAUAAGAUGCUCUGGAUCACAGAAAAUGGAUCCAAGGUGUUACGCAUGACUGAUAACAUCACAUGUCCAGUGUUGGACAGACCAGAGCGAUACGAACACGUCCCACAGGUUCUUUGCAAAGAAGGCAUCUUGGGCUUCAGAGCUUACUGGGAAGUGGACUAUUCGGGGUGGGUGGUUGCUGGAGUCACCUAUGAAGGAGCAGGGAGGAGGGGAGGCGACGGACCCUGCGGGCUGGGAGAAAACGAACAGUCCUGGGGUCUUGGCUGGGGCGGAUCACACUAUCAAUUGUGGUUCAAUGGCAUUAGCACGGAAAUCUGGGAUAUCCCCAAGUGCACCACCAUCGGGGUUUACCUCGAUCAUCCUGCGGGUGUAGUCAAUUUUUACGCAGUUGAAGAAGCGGGUGAGGGGGCGGAAGGCAGGAAGGAGGUCCGACUGCUGCAGCACAUCAAGAGCUCCUUCAAGGGGAGAAUGCUGCCGGGUUUCUGGGUAGGACAAAAGUCAUCGUGCUUGUUAGUCAAAAAAGAGGAGUAAAGUACAGAAUUUGUAUUUUAAGUUGCCAUUUUCUUUCAUUUCUAUUUAAACCCUGUUUGCAAUACAUUGAAUUCCCAUUUCAAAAAAGCCUCAUAGCUCAUAUAUGCAAAAUUGUUGUAUAUAAAAAGGCAUAUUUAUUAAGCUGCUACUUGCCUUAAAGGUUUAAUAUUGUUUAGUGGUGUCAUAUAUAUCUUGAAGCAUUGUAAAAAAUGUUAAUUCUGGUGUCAUAUUUAUAUUCUGCACUUUAAAAAUGUUUCUUUGUGUGCCUUU